GAAAAAAUACCGUUCCCGUAAGUAAGCUUGAAGGUACAGUAAGUAACUUUGGGAAAGCUGCAAGGAGAAAACAAACAACCAAUCGCUCCUGCCAUGUCACUCUUCAUCCACCCUCACUCAGUCAUUCGUUAAUUAUCAGUCAUUCUUUUUCUUCCCUCUUUUCCUUCGCUCGCUGCCCAUUCGGUCCUCUUCGUAUUUAUAACGAAGUGCGCUUCAUUCACUCCUUUACCCUUCCCUGUUGCCGAAUUUUUGUCUUAAUGUUUUUGGCUUUUCGGUGUUCUCAGACCACAUUCCUUUCUCACCAACUCCUUUUCCAGCAUUAUUCGCGUACCUCGUGUUGAUACAUCGACUGAUCCAAUAAUACCAUCGAUCAUCGUCCAAUCCUUUUGCUCCCCUCCGCUUCUUUCACCACCUUUGACCAAGGAUAAAAUUCAACCCCUAACCAUCUAGCGACCCUUUACAUUGCGGCCUGUCGUCGCGUACCUGGACAAUGAGGACCUCCUCACUGUUUAGGCCUGCGACGGCUGGCGUAUCGACUGUCCUCUACCUAGGCGCUCUACUCCAAUCGUGUUCCGCCUCUGGACUCUCGUUUACACCGGUCGCACAACCAGACUUAGAUCUGAAGCCCCUCGGACAGGUCGCUUUCACCGGAGACUUCGAUGCGGUCUCGUUUUACUCGUUCAAGGAACAGUCGGAAACGGCCUCGGUCAAGAACGGCUCCCAAUCGAUCCUUACGCCCCUCCCCAAUGGCAUCAUCACGACGCUGUCAACCUCCGAUGGCUAUAUUCAGGCCAUGUGCCCAUUCACCCAGAAGGAUGGAACGUAUGCGGGAAUCUUUGUGGGAGGAAACUUUACCAGCCUGGGAGGAGUGGAGACCCAGGGCGCAGCGUUGUUCAAUCCCGACACCAAAAGGGUGACGGCAUUGCCAGGUCUCUCAGGGUCGGUCUCCGCGGUAUUGUGCGACAAGGAAACGAACCGCGUGUACGUGGGCGGCGAAUUCAAAUAUGAGAAUACAUCGAACGCCGUCGCGUGGGUUGGCAAUGAAGGCUGGAAGAGCUUGGUUUUCGGUGGAUUCAACGGACCCGUCACCACGAUAUCGAAGUCCACCGACGACCACGUUAUAUUUGGCGGCUCGUUUGAUGGCAUUGGCAAUUCGACAUCGUCUAAGAAGAAUCAGCAAACCGUCAAUAUACAAAACGCUACCAUUACUUCCGACGCCGUCUCUUCCAAGAGUGGCUAUAGUGAUCCUCGAAAUAUCAUCUGUCAGACGAGUGGGGAUGAUGGUGAAGGGAAGACAUGGCUUUUGGCGGAUAACUCUCCGGGCUACUGGCGUGCGGACAUGCGGUUCGGAUACAACCCAACAAAAAUUCGUCUGUAUAACACCCACCUGGACGGAAGGGGUACAAAGAACUUUUUGCUCAGGAGGCUACCGGACAAUGGCAUUAUGAACCUCACCUACACUGACCCAGAUACUGCAGAAGACGUCUACUGCGACCAGAACUGUUUGCUCUCCGAUAAGAAAGACGAGAAAUAUCGGGAAUUCAAGUUCGUGAACAGCGUCGGCAUGAAGGGCUUCCAGAUAGAAGUCCUGACCUGGUACGGAGACGGUGCUGGUCUUAAUGGAAUCGAACUUCUGCAAGAUGACAUCUUUGCUUAUGCUAUCAACGAUUUCAACGAGCCGACAUGUGCCGACCUCAAGUACCCGUCCAAGGCGACGCACUCGGGUUCGUGGACUUCGACUGAGUCCGAUCAGAGCCAAUCCGACUACCUAACGGCGAAGGUCAGCGACUCCACAGCGUCUGAUACUUCCGUUGUCUUCGAGCCAGACGUUAAGCAGUCUGGAAAUUAUUCCGUGGUUGUUUAUACGCCCGGUUGUACCCAGGAUGGCACCUGCGGUUCGCGCGGUAUUGUCAACGUUACCGCGACUCUGAAGAGCAACAGUAAAUCGGCAGAGCCUAUCCAAAAAACAAUUCACCAGACCAAUUUGAACGAUAAAUAUGACACCCUCUACACGGGCCAUGUGGAUUCCAGCGAUGGUUCUUUCCGACCCAGCGUAACCAUAACUCCAGUAGCAGGCCAGGGGGACGUAACUAUUGUUGCUUCUAGGGUUAAGUUUGCGCUUAUUCGGGCGUCAGAUGGCCUGGAUGGAGAGUUGAACGGCCUCUAUGACUUUGACCCCGCCGCGAAAAGCACCAAUGCCAAUUUUACCCAGUCCGCGGUUAAUCGCGCUGGGCUGCAAUUGGACGAAAAUGCCACUGUAAGGAGCCUAGUAUUCCAUGACGGUGUGAUGUACGCAGGCGGAAAUUUCUCGAGCUCGGGGAUUAAGAAUAUCCUGGCUUUGAAGGACGAGGGAAACGCAACGGCUAUGCAGCAAGGUGGGUUGAACUCGGAAGUGGCUUCGAUGACCGUGUUGGACGAUCUUUUGUACGUUGGAGGAAACUUCACAGAUACUUCUGACCGUAGUAACAGCGAUUUGAAACAUGUUGCAGCCUAUUCGUUUGGCUCUAAAACUUGGUCAGCGUUGGGAGGAGGUGUCAAUGGGCCUGUCUAUAAGGUUACUUCGCUUACGCUUAACAUCUCCACGGAACUCAAUGAGACGACGAUCGCCGUGAGCGGCGACUUCAACCAGUUACUUGCCUUCGAUGACAACCCGCUCACUAACGUCACUGGCUUCGCCGUUUGGGUGCCGUCCCGGAAGAAUUGGCUGCCAAAUUUGAAUGUCACCCAGAUGGCCUUCACCGGUCAGUUGUCGGCUUGCACCAAAGUGGACAACACGACUGUUAUUGCCGGGACUCUGUCUUCAGCAGGAAUUGCUGCGGCAGGUGCCGCGAACCUACUUCAUGAGGGUCCACUGAACAUCAAGCCACUGUUCGCCAAUGCGAACUUUUCGGGGCAGACUUACGCUGGGGUUUAUGAUACGAGCUCCAAACGUAACCUCACCAUUUUGGGAGGCCACUUUACAACUACUGGGAGUGACGGGUCUUCCGUGAAGAACCUUGCUCUGGUUGAUGGCAAGGCAGGUACGAUCAAGGGUCUUGGGCCAGGAGCGGACAGCAACUCUACGUUCCUGGCCUUGACUGUCUGGAAAGAUAAACUAUACGCAGGAGGAAACGUCACUGGUACUGUAGGCGACUCUAAUUUAAACGGAUUCAUCAUAUACGACCUCCAAAAUGGAACCAUCGCGCAGAAACAACCUCCGCGGUUCACAGGGGGCACAGUGACCGUUAAUUCCAUCGCCGCUCGUCCUGACUCGAAUGAGAUCUAUUUCGGGGGCCAGUUCGAAAAAGCUGGAGCUCUUCCUUGCCCAGGUGUUUGCCUUUACGACGCCGCGGAACACCAGUGGAACAGACCCGGUGCGACUCUAGCUGGCGAUGUUUUAGCACUGAAGUGGAUGUCCAAUAAAAAGCUACUCGCCGUCGGUAAUCUCACCAUUGAGGGCAAUAGUUCGGUAAUUGCGACGUACACUCCGAAAAAGCAGAGUUGGGAAUCCUGGACAAUUGCCUCUGAAAUCCCGGGAACUGUGACUGCAUUCACCCCUGCCAGUGUGGAUGUGUCCAACUUCUGGCUGGCAGGAGCUUCCACCAACGGCUCCGGCUUUCUUGCCAACUAUGAUGGGUCGAAGUUCCAAUAUGCCGGGGAUAUCUUUGGCAAGGGCACUACGAUUCGCAGCCUUGAAGUUCUUCCCCUCUCGAAGGAUCAUUCCGACGUUAGCUUUCUGCACGACGACCAGAUCCUCUUGGUUACCGGUCAACUGGUGAUCCCUAACUUUGGCAACGCGUCCGCAGCACUCUUCAACGGAACCGACUUAACUCCUUUCAUGCUUAGCUUGGAUGCCGACGGUCAACCGGGCAGCAUGGCCCAAUUAUUCUACGAGAAAGAGAAUCCUUACAGCAGCGAAGUCGGUAAACAUCGCUCCAAUGGGAUCGUUGUCUUGAUUUCAUUCUGCUGUGCACUUGGCGCGGUGUUCUUGAUUGUCAUCGCCGGGGUGAUUUUCAAUAAGAUCCAGCGACGCCGUCAAGGCUACAUGCCGGGACCGCAGGCGUACGGGACCGAUCGGCCGUCCAGCAUGCGGCGACUACCUCCGGAGUACCUGUUUAGCACUCUGAAAUCACCAAACCCGGGCACCCCGGCGAUAUGAACGCCUGAACAUCGUAUCUAAAUUGGGAUUUGAUUUGGACAUGUCAGAACGGCGUUGGGAAGAAAACCGUCUUAUACCCGUAAUCUAAUUCGUUUUAUCUGCUUUACAUCUCUCUCUGCUAUUCUUGUGGCCGGGAGUUACCCCUGGCGCUUUCUUCUGCCUCGGGGCCAUCCUUUUAGUGUGUUUGUUCAUCUACGUUUGACCGGAUAAGGACUUGUGGAUAGAUCUCCUUGGCGGUCCCGUCGUAUCUUUUAUGAGCUGUUUUGUUGUUAUUGAUGUGUGUACUGUACUAUAGUCCUGGACCCGGGAGGCUUUUACCCUGUUUCGAAGGGUUGCUCGGCGGACAUGUACAUAACUUGCGCGAGGUCGCGGUAACGACCAUAAUGUUAAGUAGUGAUCUUCUUUUCU